AUGCAUCAUCUAGAAAACGCGCUAGCUGAUAACAAUAUUCAACGAAUUAAAAUACAGAAUGCUCAACAAGAUAAACAAAAAUACGUUCAACUUCGAAGUGUUCUUUGGCCAAAAAUUUGUUUUACAGUAUUACGAGACCAUCAUGAUUAUCAACGUUCACGAGAUCCAAAUCAUAAUCAAAUAAGAAAAAAAAUACCUAUGCCAUUAGCAAUAAAUGAUUUCCAAAUUCGAAGUAAGCAUGGCCAUUGCUCAAUUGAUUCUACAAAUGAAACAUGUGAAAAAUUUUUUCAAAUAUGGUCUCAUAAAGCAGCUAAUAUUUCUAAUGAUUUAAUUGAAUUUACAAUACGACGUAUGCAAAGUGAUCGUCUUCAUUUUUUAUUUCAAACACGUAAUGAAAUUACUCAACGAGAAAAUAUUUCACCUAUAUGUCAAAUAUCCACACAUAUUAGUGAUGAUUUAAAAAGAAUAAAUGAAUAUAUACGUCGAUUUUGUUUAAGUACAAGAAAUCUUUAUCGACAUUUACGUUCAGAUUCACGUAUAUAUCCUAAAAUGUGCAUUGAAUUAGAUGAAGGUAUUAUAAUUAAAAUUUGUCGAUUUAUAUUUAAAACAAAAGUUUUAAUUAAAAUACUUUCAAAAGAAGAACAUUUAAAUAUAGAACAACGUGAACAAUUAAAAAUCUAUAAAAUAAAACAAAAUGAUAAACAAUUUGAUAUAAAUGAUCCAUAUAAAAAUAUAACAAAAGCAUUUAUUGCAUUACAAUCAAAUUUUGAAAUACUUUUUGGUGAUAUUGUAGAUAAAGAUUUUUUUCAAAAUGCAAAAACAGCUGUACAAGCCCUUCCAAUAAUAUUGGAUACUAGUAAAACUAUUCGAUUAAUUUGCUGUGCAUUAUAUAAACUAACUGAACCUGAACGUGAAGCAGAAGCAGAAGCUAUACGUCAACGUCGAUUAAAUUUUUGUAUUCGUGACUGUGGUUCAAAAAAGCAAAAAUCCUUAACUAAAAAUAUUCCAAUUAAUAAUCAUCAAAAUACUAAAUUUAAAACUAUAAAUAACAUGUUAAAAAGAAAUCAAUCACAAAUAACACAUACUAAAACAUCAUUAUUAUCUCCGAAAAUAAAUUCAAAAGAUAAAUCAACAAAUCAACAAAAUACUAAAACAAAAGAAAAUUCAAAAAGAAUACAAUCUCCAAAAUCUCAAUCCCGUACUCCAAAUACAAUAACUUCAAAAACUAACAAAAGUGGUCAAUCAUCAUCAAUAACGAAGACAAAUAUGAAUUCGUCAAAGAAAAAUUCUACAAAAGAACAACAAAAAAAAAAAAAACCAAAAAAUAAAAAUGCAUCAACAACAAAUUCAAUAUCAUUCAAUCAAUAUAAUGAAAAUACUAAUUCAAUAAACAUUAAUAAUUUAAGAAAGAAAUUUAAAAAUUCAAAUUCUGAUCAAACUCAAAUAUUAAACAAAAAAAAAUUCGGUUGGACAACAUGGUUACAUAAUACAAAUCUUAAUCUUACUACUAUCUUACCAUCAAAUCAAACUAAUAUCAAUAUGAAUCAUAGGGAUGUAAAUCCAUUAAAACCUUUAUUAACAACUUGGGCUUCACUUGAACGAAUAUCAAAAAUGUAA